CUACUACUACACAGGCGUUCCAAGUAGCACAAAGAAGCUUAUCAAUUGUCGCGAGCCAGAUAAGAACUUCCUAAACCAAUCUACAGGUACUUUUCAUCACUGAAUUUACUGUGUUCGUAUCGCUGAUUUCCGAUGACAAGAUAUCGAUUAGAUUACAGCCUUAUUCAAUGAACUGCUGCUGGCGAAGCACGGUCAAUUGUUGUUCGUUGUUUCGCGCUGAAGGUGCAUUUCGUGUUACGGAGAAAGAAAUAAAAUUGUGAAAUUCGCAAUGGACGAUCGAUGGCGUAGCGAAGAGGUCCUGCCGGGUACCAGUAAGGACUUUGUCGAUAACAAACGGACCUCCAGUGUCGAUAUAUUCGAUGCGCAAGGCUAUCCGGACCCUCCUGCAACACCGAUAACCAAACGCAAAGGGUCGGUUUUUCUGGAAGCACCAAUCUAUCAGAACUCUCGAUUCUAUGCCAUGAACGGUAAGAAGCGUGGUAAAGUUCUGAUUUUUAAUCAGGUGACAUUCGAUGACAAAAACUAUGCCGCUCGCAUUGGAACGGAAAAAGAUGUUCAAAGAUUAUAUGAUUCGUUACCUAAGUUAGGUUUUCUACCAGAAGAUAUAUUGGUACAUGAAGAUUUCUCCGCUAAAGAGAUUGAACGUACUGUUAGGCAACUUGAUACUGAUCCAACAUUGGUUGAUUGCGAUUGUCUCAUAACGGUUAUCCUAACACAUGGCGAACAGGACGAUCGAUUGAUGGCCAGAGACACCAGUUAUCAUCUUUACCAAUUCAUCGAAAACUUCACUCCUACUGCAUUGCCCAGCAUGGCCGGCAAACCGAAACUGUUCAUCGUUCAAGCUUGCAGGGGAAGAUCACUUGAUAAUGGAAUAAGUUUAAGCCCAUUGAGAUUAGUGAUGGACAGUGUGGACACCAUUGGGGAUAUGGAAAUCUUUACGUAUCCAGAAUGUGCUGAUUUUCUCAUCGUCAUGAGCUCCCACCACGGACACUUCUCGUUCCGAAACGAGCAGGGAAGCUGGUUGAUUCAGGAGUUCUGUAAUGUACUGGACAACUGCCAAGUCGAGCAGGAUUCAAUCUACGAUAUUCUCACGGAAACCAAUUUGGCUGUCUCAAAACGCGUUUCCAGUGCCGAAGGUGUAAUGGACAGAAAAAAGCAAAUCUCAAGCUUCUAUUCCACGUUGACAAGGGCCUUAUAUUUUGCGAAGAGAUAAGGUAGUUUCUGUUUGUUUUUGUACUUAUCAAGUGAAACCGAAGUUCUGUAGGCUUAUCAAGUGGAACGGACCCGAUUAGGGUAGGUUCUUAAGUGUCCGUUAGAAAGCAGUCAUAAAGUUCCACAGCUUAACUUCUUCAAAGAUAUUUUACUUAAUUUUUUGAAUAAAACAAAUAAUUUC